CAAGAAGAAAUAAAUGUAGUACAUACCUUCUUCAACAGCCAAUCUGUUUCAAGUACAUACCCAGUGAUAUACCACAACCAUGACGACCCUUUUUACCGUUCCAAUUUCGUCCACCGGCGGAAGCUUCGUCUGCUCCAACCCCACAGCCUCGGAGAAGGAGAAGAAUAUUUACCUACUCACCUUUACAUCUCCGAAGGACAACAGACUUACCCCGACAUUCAUAGAUGCCUUUAUACUUGCAUUGGACAUUAUCGAGCACAGAUACCCCAAAGGCGUGGUGAUUACCACCAGUGGCAUUCCAAAGUUCUAUAGUAAUGGACUAGAUCUCGAGCUUGCCCUCAGCACAGAGGGCUUCUUGGAUCAGUGGUUGUGGAAACUGUUCCGCCGAUUCCUGACAUAUCCUAUGCCUACUAUCUGCCUCUUGAACGGACAUGCUUUUGCUGGCGGCCUCAUGCUGGCCAUGUAUCACGACUAUCGGAUCCAGAACCCUUCCAAGGGUCUUCUCUGCAUCAACGAGUUGGAAUUUGGAGUCCCGCUCCAAUCGCCCAUGAUGAGCAUAUUCCGAGAGAAGUUGACACCCUCUUCUUUCCGGGACCUCAUCCUCGAAGCAAAGCGGUUCGGAGGUCCCGAGUCUGUCAAGGCCGGUCUUGUAGAUGGUGUGGGCGGGCUAGAAGAGGUUUUGACGCUUAUCCGGGAGCGUGGACUACAGAAAAAAGCGGCCACUGGUAUUUAUGGGACCAUGAAAGAGGAAAUGUACCGUCAUUCGCUGGAUAUCUUGGAUGGACAUGCUGCCAAUCUGGCUUGGAGGGAACAGUUGGAGGAUAAGAAGGACCGGGCGCAAAGGGAUAGUUUGAAAGCUGUUGAGGCGUUUGAGAAGCUGAGAAGUGCGAAACUUUGAAUCUUCUUUACUGAGAUUCAUUCUAUUCGGAUAGAGUGUGAUGCCAGGAUAUAGCCCUAUUUGUAUUUAAGUUCACGGCUCCAUGAUUGUUAGAGUUUAGUUGUAUAUAGCUCCUCUAUUCGAAUAUUGACACAUAUGAUGCUACUAUUCACGGAAAAGUCCUCUCCCUGUCUUGGUAAGAAUACUUUGCAUUAUGUGUUAAAUGCCUUCAUGUAGGAAUAUCCACAGAAUAUUAGCCUUCUGAAUAACAUCACAUUCUCCCUCUCUUGUUUUCAUUCCCAGAACCUGCAUAAGUAUUGGUGGAUGACCACGUGAGGCUGUGGCAGUUGGAUGAAAAGCACAGCCUCUUUGCCACGGCAUAUUUAGGAUUGAGCCACGCCAACACAUAUUUAUAGUACUAUUAUUGAUGGUGAUUUGGCAAUUGGUGUCAGUGACCUAAUAGUGCCUAAUGGAAAUCUCUCUUGCUAAUAAAGGGUGGUUCCCAGCUUUUCUGACCGCACAUAAGUAACG